GGGGGCAAAGCGCGCUCUGCACACGCCCAGAGGGGCUGAGGCGGCUCCUCAGUCACGCCCCUCUGAUGUGCGGGAGGAGUUGGAGGCUUAUGGUUACCAGCCUCCAGGCGCUGGCUGGAGCUCUCCCGGAAUGACAGCUGGUCUGCAGGGCACAGGGACCGACUCCCCUGGAUAAAACGGCUGCUUUGGAUGGGGGACUCUGUGACAUUCUACCCCGCUGAGACCCUUCCCCAGGCUCCAGCCCCCAAAGCUCCAGGAAUGUCCCGACCCAGAGUUGGCAACCCUACUGAGACCCGGAGCUUCUGCCCCGCUUCUGGGACGGGGUUCCUCUCCUGGGUGUUCCUUCCCCUGCGAGCGUCCCUCCAGGCAGAAGGCCGGCGGUAGAAGGGUCUCGCCCCACCCUGGGCUGGCCGCGCUGGUCUUCUGGUGGCGAGGGGGUGUUAUUUUUUAAAAAAUAUUGGGGAGCCUUCUAGACCAGGGCCUGCUGCGAUUCUCCAGCAAAAUGACCACGUGCCCUGCGGGAGCCACUGCCCUGCACCUUCUCUCUGCGGUCCCAUUGCUACGAUCUGGAGUUUCCUUGAACAACAACAGCUGCACCCUAUAUACUGCCUUUCUGGACAGAUGAGUCCCCGCUCAGACCAGUAAACAAAGCACCCAAAAAGAAAGGUGGAGAAAAGAAGGCGGGGGGCAAGAAGGCAAAAGCUGGGAAGGGCUCACCAGUGGUUGAUGCCCUCCCCCCAGAGGGCAUGACCAAAGAGCAGUUGGAGGAACAUAUUGUGCGCCUCCGGGAAGAGCUGGACCGUGAGCGGGAGGAGCGCAACUAUUUCCAGCUGGAACGAGACAAGAUCCACACCUUCUGGGAGAUCACUCGGCGGCAACUCGAUGAGAAGAAGGCGGAGCUGCGCAACAAAGACCGGGAGAUGGAGGAAGCUGAAGAGCGGCAUCAAGUGGAGAUCAAGGUUUACAAGCAGAAAGUAAAGCACUUGUUGUACGAGCACCAGAACAACCUCACUGAGCUGAAGGCUGAGGGGACGGUCUCCAUGAAGCUGGCCCAGAAGGACCACCGGUCCCAGGAGACGGAGCUGCGCAAGGACAUGCGCACCCUGAAAGUGGAGCUGAAGGAGCAGGAGCUGGCCAACGAGAUGGUGGUCAAGAACCUGCGGCAGAAACAACAAGAGGAUAUGACGUCUCUGCGCUCAGAUUUUGAGAGACAAGUGAAAGAGAUCGAGGCCAAGUAUGAGAAGAAGAUGCGGGUGCUGCGCGACGAGCUGGACUUGCGCAGGAAGUCGGAGAUCCAUGAGAUCGAGGAGAGGAAGAAUGGGCAGAUCAACACACUGAUGAAGAACCAUGAGAAAGCCUUCAGUGACAUCAAGAACUACUACAACGAUGUCACUCUCAACAACCUGGCACUCAUUAACACCCUCAAGGAGCAGAUGGAGGAGAUGAAGAAGAAGGAGGAUCACCUGGAAAAGGAGAUGGCUGAGGUGCUGCUGCAGAACAAAAGGCUGACAGAGCCGCUCCAGCGGGCCCGAGAGGAAGUGGCUGAGCUGCAGAAGAAGCUGGCCCACUAUGAGAAGGACAAGGCCUCUCUGGCGUCCACGCUGGCCCGCCUGAAGGUUGCCCAAAAGGAGCUGAAGGAUCUGCAGUGGGAACGUGAGGUGCUGGAGCAAAGGUUCGGCACGGUGCAGGGGGAGAGAGAUGAGCUGUACCAGAAAUUCACCAAAGCCAUUAAUGAGGUUCAGCAGAAAACAGGCUUCAAGAACCUCUUGCUGGAGCGGAAGCUGCAAGGCCUCUCUAGCAUCCUGGAGAAGAAGGAGGUGCAGCUGAACGAGGUGCUGGCGGCCUCCAACCUUGACCCCAGCGCCCUGGCAGUGGUCACCCGCAAGCUGGAGGAUGUCCUGGACUCUAAGAACAACGCCAUCAAGGACCUGCAGUAUGAGCUGGCCAGAGUGUGCAAGGCACACAAUGACUUGUUGCGGACCUAUGAGGCCAAGCUAACAGCCUUUGGAAUCCCCUUGGACAAUCUGGGCUUCAAGCCCCUGGAGACCUCUGUGGUGGGCCACAUACUGGGCCAAGGCCCUGCUGGACUUGUCUCCACUCCCACAUAAACAGAGCCUCUGGCCUGAGGACGGACCUCGUGCUCUUUCUGAGGCUGCUUUGCCCUCCAGCUGUGGUGCUGGAGGAGCAGGGAGCAACCCCCUGGCCUGAGGCUGGGCAUGGGCUGGCCCAGCUGGCUUUCCUUGGCAUUAAACAGAGCCCAUCAGGGUGUUCCAUACCUUGUCUCUGCAAAG